AAAAACAAAUAAUUUCCAUAUAUAUUUAUAUUUAAAGGUGAACUCUGUAGCUUUUUGAUGGAGAUUUAACUGCAUGCUUGUCUCCAUGGAGGGAUUAUUGCUUUGUCUGGAAUGUUCCACAGUUUGGCAUUAAUUUGUCUUGACAAGUGUUUGAAAAAAAGAAAGAAAACAUGCAUUUUUUCUGUGAUCAGAGUCAUCUCUCCACAGAUCUGACCUGUAACUUGGCCUAGUGGUAUCUCCUUCUUUUCUCCAUGGAGAUAAGCAGGUGGCAGAUCCUACCCCAGAAAAGUUUCAUAAUGUUACUUUAAGUAGCUGUUUUUGGACAGUAUCAUAAUAGCAUGAUAUAACUGCAUAUGCAUUUGUUAAGUAUUCACUUUUUCUGACCUUAAAUUUCUGCUAAAGACAUCACUUAGCCCUCCUUGUUGGGCUAAAUUUCAGUGCAGGUUAAAAAUAGACACUGGUUACACCUUAACUUUUCAGACAUCAUUUUGUAAUGAUGUCACAUAUUUACACAAUACAUAUUUGUGUAUCCAGGAGCAGCAAUUCUAUGUUUCCCAUGAGAUUGUAUUGUUACCAGCUUCCUCCUUUAGACUGCAGUAUUUGCUUUAUAGUAUAACCUAUGCUUUCAUAUUGUGUGCAAAGCAGUAGAGUUCACCAGGAAGCCUCCAUGUUUGUGUUGAACCAUUAUUAGUUCAUCACUUCCUUAAACUCCAGCUCCCUUUCUCCUCCUCCUGCUUUUAUAUGGCCCUGUGCUUUUGUGUCCUUGUGAUCAAACCACGCCUUCUGUCAAGUAAUGGCAUGCAAACUUUGGAAGUCCACACCCCUGUAUAGCAAUAUGCUCCCGGUAGCCAUUCAGAUCAGCCGAUUUGAGCUAUACAGUAAAAAUGGGACUUGCAUUUCUUUAAAUUCAUAGUUUAUUUAUAGGUAGACUUGUGUGAGAGAAUUAAGGACCAUAAACAGAUGAGUUACAGUAUGUCUGCUCUGGAUUACAAGAAUGUUUGUUUUGGAUAACGAGAGCUUUCAACUGAUUGCAAGACUGAUACAGAGGGAGGCUGCAUGGUGGCUUGUCAACAGUGUGGAGUCUCUUUGGAAGUUGGGCCCUAAGAGGUAACUGCUCUGAUGGAUCUGACUCUGUGGCAGUACCAGUUCCGGAUCAUCAUGCUGGGGGACUCCACUGUGGGGAAGUCCUCUCUGUUAAAGCGAUACACUGAAGAUCUGUUUCUAGACACCAUCAACCAAACGGUGGGCGUAGACUUCUAUGUGCACUUCCUGGAAGUGGAACCAGGCGUCCGAGUCAAGCUGCAGUUCUGGGACACAGCCGGGCAGGAAAGAUUCAGGUCAGUGACACGCUCUUAUUACCGCAAUUCUGUGGGAGGACUUCUGGUGUUUGACAUGACCAACCGAGCCUCAUUCGACCACAUAAAAGAAUGGCACGCGGAGGUCUGUGAGAGAGUCCAACCUCACAAAGUGGUCUUCGUCCUUGUGGGCCAUAAGUCUGACCUGCAGGAGCACGGGGACCGGGCAGUGAGCCGGGAGGAGGCGGAGAAGCUGGCCGGACACUUGGGAAUGCCCUACGUGGAAACUUCAGCUAAAAACGGGCACAAUGUGAGGGAGGCGUUUGAGAUGGUGGCGAGAAGAGUGUACCAGGGGCUGUUGAGCGGAGAGGUGCAGCUACAGGAGGGCUGGGAUGGGAUCAAAUGUGCUGCUCCUCAGGCUCUACAGAUGAGGAGGGAAAGUAUGGCUCAAGCUAAUGCUGCUGCCAAAGAGAAGAAAUGUUGUGGUUAAUAAUGAUGGUAAUGGU